ACCAUCCACACAGCCCCGCCCCGCACGGCCAGGCGAAGCGGAGCCGGCCGUGCGGUGUGUGUGUUGGUGUGUGUUUGUGUGUGUGUAUGUGUUCGCGGGGCACCGUCUCAGCCCCGGGAAGAUGGUGGCGGCGGCGGCGGCGACUGAGGCGAGGCUGAGGAGCAGGACGGUGGCGACGCCAGCGCCCGCGAGCAGGAACGGCCGGCGCUGCCGGGACUGGGACGCCACCAGGGCUGGGAGGCCGGGGCUGGGGGCCGGGCUGCGCCUCCCACGGCGGCGGCGGCGGCUGCUGCUGCUGCUGCUCCCGCCGCUGCUGCUCCUUCCCUGGGCGGCUGAGGCCGCGGCGGCAGCGGCGGCGGUGUCGGGCUCAGCCGCAGCCGAGGCCAAGGAAUGUGACCGGCCCUGUGUCAACGGCGGCCGCUGCAACCCUGGCACCGGCCAGUGCGUCUGCCCCGCCGGCUGGGUGGGUGAGCAAUGCCAGCACUGCGGGGGCCGCUUCAGACUAACUGGAUCUUCUGGGUUUAUAACAGAUGGACCUGGAAAUUAUAAAUAUAAAACAAAGUGUACAUGGCUCAUUGAAGGACAGCCAAAUAGAAUAAUGAGACUUCGUUUCAAUCAUUUUGCUACAGAGUGUAGUUGGGACCAUUUAUAUGUUUAUGAUGGGGACUCAAUUUAUGCACCCCUAGUUGCUGCCUUUAGUGGCCUCAUUGUUCCUGAGAGAGACAGCAAUGAGACUGUCCCAGAGGUCGUUGCCACAUCAGGUUAUGCCCUGCUGCAUUUUUUUAGUGAUGCUGCUUAUAAUUUGACUGGAUUUAAUAUCACCUACACUUCUGACAUGUGUCCGAAUAAUUGCUCAGGCCGAGGAGAAUGUAAGAUCAGUAAUAGCAGCAACACUGCUGAAUGUGAAUGUUCUGAAAACUGGAAAGGUGAAGCAUGUGACAUUCCUCACUGUGUAGAUAACUGUGGUUUUCCUCAUCGAGGCAUCUGCAAUGCAAGUGAUGUCAGAGGAUGCUCCUGCUUCUCAGAGUGGCAGGGUCCUGGAUGUUCAGUUCCUGUACCAGCUAACCAGUCAUUUUGGACACGAGAGGAAUAUUCUAACCUAAAGCUCCCCAGAGCCUCUCACAAAGCUGUGGUCAAUGGAAAUAUAAUGUGGGUUGUUGGAGGAUAUAUGUUCAAUCACUCAGAUUACAACAUGGUUCUUGCGUAUGACCUUGCCUCUAGGGAGUGGCUUGCACUGAACCAUUCUGUGAACAAUGUGGUUGUUAGAUAUGGUCAUUCUUUAGCAUUAUACAAGGAUAAAAUUUACAUGUAUGGAGGAAAAAUUGAUUCAACAGGGAAUGUGACCAACGAGUUGAGAGUGUUUCAUAUUCAUAAUGAAUCAUGGGUACUGUUGUCCCCUAAAGCAAAGGAGCAGUACGCAGUGGUUGGGCACUCGGCACACAUUGUCACAUUGCAAACUGGCCGGGUGGUCAUGCUGGUCAUCUUUGGUCACUGCCCUCUCUAUGGAUAUAUAAGCAGUGUGCAGGAAUAUGACUUGGGUAAGAACACAUGGAGUAUAUUACAUACCCAGGGUGCCCUUGUUCAAGGGGGCUAUGGCCAUAGCAGUGUCUAUGACUAUAGGACCAGGGCCCUGUAUGUUCAUGGAGGCUACAAAGCUUUCAGUGCCAAUAAAUACCGGCUUGCAGAUGAUCUCUACAGAUAUGAUGUGGAUACCCAGAUGUGGACCAUUCUUAAGGACAGCCGAUUUUUCCGUUACUUGCACACAGCUGUGAUAGUGAGUGGAACCAUGCUGGUGUUUGGAGGAAACACACACAAUGACACAUCCAUGAGCCAUGGAGCCAAAUGCUUCUCUUCAGAUUUCAUGGCUUAUGACAUUGCUUGUGACCGAUGGUCAGUGCUUCCCAGACCUGAUCUCCACCAUGAUGUCAACAGAUUUGGUCAUUCAGCAGUCUUAUACAACAGCACCAUGUAUGUGUUUGGUGGUUUCAAUAGUCUCCUCCUCAGUGACAUCCUGGUAUUUACCUCGGAACAGUGUGAAGCACACCAGAGUGAAGCUGCUUGUCUAGCAGCAGGACCUGGCAUCCGGUGUAUUUGGGACACUGCAUCGUCUCAGUGUGUCUCCUGGGAGUUUGAGACUGAAACACAAGAAGAAAAGUUAAAAUCGGAGUGUUUUUCUAAAAGAACUCUUGACCAUGACAGAUGUGACCAGCACACGGAUUGUUACAGCUGCAUGGCCAACACUAAUGACUGCCACUGGUGCAAUGACCAUUGUGUCCCUGUGAACCACAGCUGCACGGAAGGCCAGAUCUCCAUUUCCAGUUAUGAUCUUUGCCCCAAGGAUAACCCCAUGUACUACUGCAACAAGAAGACCAGCUGCAGGAGCUGUGCCCUGGACCAGAACUGCCAGUGGGAGCCCCGGAAUCAGGAGUGCAUCGCCCUGCCUGAAAACAUCUGUGGCAUUGGCUGGCAUUUGAUUGGAAACGCAUGUUUGAAAAUUACUACUGCCAAGGAGAAUUAUGACAAUGCAAAAUUGUCCUGUAGGAACCACAAUGCCUUUUUGGCUUCUCUUACAACCCAGAAGAAGGUGGAAUUUGUCCUUAAGCAGCUGCGAAUCAUGCAGUCAUCGCAGGGCAUGUCGAAGCUCUCUUUAACCCCAUGGGUUGGCCUCCGGAAGAUCAAUGUGUCCUACUGGUGCUGGGAAGAUAUGUCCCCAUUCACAAAUAGUUUGCUACAGUGGAUGCCGUCUGAGCCCAGCGAUGCUGGAUUCUGUGGAAUUUUGUCAGAACCCAGUACUCGGGGCUUAAAGGCUGCAACCUGCAUCAACCCCCUCAAUGGUAGUGUCUGCGAAAGGCCUGCGAACCACAGUGCCAAGCAGUGCAGGACGCCGUGUGCCUUGCGGACGGCGUGUGGGGAGUGUACCAGCGGCAGCUCAGAGUGCAUGUGGUGCAGCAACAUGAAGCAGUGCGUGGACUCCAAUGCCUAUGUGGCCUCCUUCCCUUUUGGCCAGUGUAUGGAGUGGUAUACCAUGAGCAGCUGCCCCCCUGAAAAUUGUUCAGGCUACUGUACCUGCAGUCACUGCUUGGAGCAGCCAGGCUGUGGCUGGUGUACUGAUCCCAGCAAUACUGGCAAAGGGAAGUGCAUAGAGGGCUCCUAUAAAGGACCAGUGAAGAUGCCUUCUCAGGCCCCGACAGGCAGUUCCUAUCCACAGCCCCUUCUCAAUUCCAGCAUGUGUCUGGAGGACAGCAGAUACAACUGGUCUUUCAUUCAUUGUCCAGCUUGCCAGUGCAACGGCCACAGCAAAUGCAUUAAUCAGAGUAUCUGUGAGAAGUGUGAGAACCUGACCACGGGCAAGCACUGUGAGACCUGCAUAUCUGGCUUCUACGGUGAUCCGACCAAUGGAGGAAAAUGUCAACCAUGCAGGUGCAAUGGGCACGCGUCACUGUGCAACACCAACACGGGCAAGUGCUUCUGCACCACCAAGGGUGUCAAGGGGGACGAGUGCCAGCUAUGUGAGGUAGAAAAUCGAUACCAAGGAAACCCUCUCAAAGGAACGUGUUAUUAUACUCUUCUUAUUGACUAUCAGUUCACCUUUAGCCUAUCCCAGGAAGAUGACCGCUAUUACACAGCCAUCAAUUUUGUGGCUACACCUGAUGAACAAAACAGGGAUUUGGACAUGUUCAUCAAUGCAUCCAAAAACUUCAACCUCAACAUCACCUGGGCCGCCAGCUUCUCAGCUGGAACCCAGGCUGGAGAAGAGAUGCCUGUUGUUUCAAAAACCAACAUUAAGGAAUACAAAGAUAGUUUCUCUAAUGAGAAGUUUGAUUUUCGCAACCACCCGAAUAUCACUUUCUUUGUUUAUGUCAGUAAUUUCACCUGGCCCAUCAAAAUUCAGAUUGCCUUCUCCCAGCACAGCAAUUUUAUGGACCUGGUACAGUUCUUUGUGACCUUCUUCAGUUGUUUCCUCUCUUUGCUCCUGGUGGCUGCUGUGGUUUGGAAGAUCAAACAAAGUUGUUGGGCCUCCAGACGUAGAGAGCAACUUCUUCGAGAGAUGCAGCAGAUGGCCAGUCGUCCCUUUGCCUCUGUAAAUGUUGCCUUGGAAACAGAUGAAGAGCCUCCUGAUCUUAUUGGGGGGAGUAUAAAGACUGUUCCUAAGCCCAUUGCCCUGGAGCCGUGUUUUGGCAACAAAGCUGCUGUCCUAUCUGUGUUUGUGAGGCUCCCUCGAGGCCUCGGUGGAAUCCCUCCUCCUGGACAGUCGGGUGAGUCUCGCGGUGGCCAGCGCCCUGGUGGACAUUUCUCAGCAGAUGCCAAUAGUAUACAAAGAGAAGUCAGGAGCGGUGAGAAACCGGAAACAGCAGCCCCCUGCGCAGCCUGGGACCUGCAUUUGAUCCUGGGGCCAGGAUUCCCUGUGAGCAAGGAGUGGCGCGCCAGAGCCGUCUGCAGAGGGGGAGCAGGCAGGGAGACGCUGUGCAGGGCCGAAGACUGGAAACCCUCGAAACAUCCACCUCAUCUGCAUGUUCACAAGCUUUCUUUGACGGUUUCUCCCAUCUGUGCUCCAGCAUCUAACCUUUUACUUUCGUAUAGGAAACAAUUGAUUUAGUUACAGGUCCAGGGGUGAUCCAGCUGUUGCUGGAGGAGGCCAGUGCAGAGCUAGUGAGAGAGCUGGGAAUGACACUCAGGUUCACUUGUGGAAAACUGUUCUUGGGACUGUCUCAACUGUGCAAAAAACAAAGAUGUAGUGUUUACAAGUAGACAUUUGUCAUCAGUCAUUCUUGAACGUGGUCUUUUAAAAACUAGUCAGAUGAAUUAACUUGUUUUCAUCUGAAGACUGCUAUCUUUUUAAAAAGAUGUGCUAUUUAUUCUUGCACGAUUUAGGCAAAUAUCUCUCUUCCAGGGAGUAGCUUUUUUUCUAGUUGAGAAUUAAUAAUGGUCCAUCUCUUUUGAAUCAUCACAUAGAAGGGAGCUGUUUUCAGUGUCAAGGUCAGCAAUGUUAGUUGAAAUGUAAACUGAUGUAAUGGGUAGUUUUCUGUAGCAACUUGAUUAAUUUAUUCUUAAUCCAUUUGAAGUUCUCUCUCACUUCUCUUUCUCUUUCCCUCCCUCCCUCUCCUUCUCUUCCUCUUUACCUCUCCCUGUCUCUUUCUCUUUCUCUCUCUCUCUCUCACACACACACACACACACUAAGUGCCUAGACUUUAAAUAGAUCUAGCAAUUGGAAAGUUAGUAAGCAUAAGUUUUUACAUAAUUGCAUUCCUACAUUCUUAUGAAACUUAGAUAGCUAUCAUUGGCAAUCUUCUCUUUUUCUAAAAUCUAAUUUGCAGCCAGGAAAGAAUUUUCCCACCCCAAGAAACAUUUAACGGAGCAGCAGGGAUUGAGAGGAAAGCAGAAAUGACCUAACUGUGAAAGCUCCUGUGUUGUCAACAACACUAAAUAAGGCAUGUUCCCACGUGCCUCCCUGCCCCAGGUCACUCUAGGCCUGAUGUCUGCUUCCGCCCUUCUGGGCGCUCCUGCCAGGGCACCAUAGGGGGAGGGGCUCACUCAUAUUACGUGUCUCCCUUGAGCCAAAAAGAGCACGACAGCACUUAGGACCCCUUGAUCAAAGAACAACUCUUUGUCCCUGUAGCCUGCUUGCACUGGAGAGUCAUCCUUCAUUCUCAGGCUGCAGGUGGAGUGUCAGGAGAGGGUCAGUCUCCUAUUGUCGGGCAGAACCUGCCCAAAGCCUGGAGAAGGACCUGGAGCUGUUUGCCCUCUUACCCCCCGGAGGGACUCAGGCCUCCCAGGCUCCCUGCCAGACCCAGAGGGUGGCUGUGGAGGGCAGUGAACCUGGAUGAGGAUGAAAAGCACAUGGGAAAAAUGGACAAGGAGAGAAAGCUAUGCCAAGUGAAAAGUGACCAAAUUGAAGUAGUGACCAAACUGAAGUCGGGUAGGGCAGUCCCUGCUCUUCUCCCAGGGCACUGCCUGGAUGUCAUGUUGUCCCCAUCCACGGUGCUCUGUAUUCCGGCAUUAUGCAGCAGCCUCCCGAGGUCUCUCUCCUGCUUCAAAACCCAGGGUUCUCUGGCGUUACCCAGGGUGGGGGAGAAGGCCUUUAGACAACAGUGCUCAAGUUUGUGAAUUUGGAGAAAUUACUACUCAAAAGAGCAAAUACUGCGGCAUUUCACCUUUAUAUGCAGUGCCUAGAGAGGGAGUAUUCUCUCUUCCCUAACACUAACUCCACUCCCAUGAAGAAUUGCCUGGAAAGAUGUUUUCAAGGAUGUCAAACCAUAAACCACUGUCUGAUGCACAAAACACCUCUACUUUGAGACUCGCCUCUCAAAAUGCUGCUUUUUCACAUCAUUGUUAAAGAGCAGACAGUCCUAGAAAAGACCCCUCCUCUUACGAGCUCCCCACGUCCCUGCUCCAGAUCACAGUACCCACGGAGAGCCUGCCAUGGACUGGCCCUUCACCCCUGUAAUUACCACCAGGCCAGUGGAGAGGACCCUUCCGCAAGAGAAGUCCUUGUUGGUUCAAAGGACUAGUGUUUCAUUGGCAAAGAAGCCUCCUCCCUGUGACAGGUCCACACCUUGAAAUAAUAAGCACCAUGUCCCAUAGCCACCUGGUUAUUUUCUUUU